GCUGCCCACUCUCCUCCCGCGCCCUGGCCUGGGUCUCUGAGUGACGGCGGUAUGGAGGAGAGGGUGGACUCCGCCGCCGCUACAGACGGCUCGUGCGUGGUGUCGGCACAGGAGACCGAAAAGUGGAUGGAGGAGGCGAUGCGAAUGGCCAAAGAAGCCCUUGAAAACACUGAAGUUCCUGUUGGCUGCCUCAUGGUCUACAACAAUGAAGUUGUGGGGAAGGGAAGAAAUGAGGUGAAUCAAACCAAAAACGCUACUCGGCAUGCUGAAAUGGUGGCCAUCGAUCAGGUCCUAGACUGGUGCCAUCAACACAGCCAUAGUCCUGCCCAAGUGUUUGAACAUACCGUGCUGUACGUCACCGUGGAGCCGUGUAUCAUGUGUGCAGCUGCUCUCCGCCUCAUGAAAAUCCCGCUGGUUGUCUAUGGCUGCCAGAAUGAACGGUUUGGUGGUUGUGGUUCCGUCCUAAACAUUGCCUCUGCUGACCUACCCAAUACCGGGAGACCGUUUCAGUGCAUCCCUGGAUAUCGUGCUGAAGAAGCCGUGGAGCUCCUAAAGACCUUCUACAAGCAAGAAAACCCAAAUGCACCCAAAUCAAAAGUUCGGAAAAAGGAUUGUCAAAAAUCCUGAUGUUCGGAUGAAAGACCGGUGCCCUUUGGAGACCUGGAUAGAACUCCCGACUGAGAGCCAUGGGCAUUGCUGGUCAUGUUUAUAUGUUGUUGUUACCGUGUGGGAGGAAAAUGGUGUCUCUUGUCAUGUCUUUUGCUCUGUUAAGGGACCCAGUGAGCCCUUUUUAAAGCCCGACAGAUGUAAACAGCGAUUAGCUCUCCCCAAGCUGAGGAGAGUGUUUGGAACGGGAAGAAUUAAGGUUUGAAGUCACAGACAUCAGCAAGCUAGUGCCCGACCUUCAGCCACAGGGAGCUCUUGGUGGCCUGGGGAGAUGGCUGAGGAAUAAAGUGCUUGCCGCACAAGCAAGAGGCCUCCAUCCCUAGCACCCAUAAAUGCCACGUGGGCCAGGUGGCCUGCCUGUAAUUCCAGUGCUUAGUAGGCAGAGUUGGGCUUCCGAGAUCCCAAAACAGGCUAACUAGUUAGGUUAGCCCUUAUUGGUGGGCUCUGUGCUCAACUGCCUCAAUGAGUAAAGUGAAGAGUGAUCUAGGGGGACCCCCCAAGGUUCAACCUUAGACCUCACACAUGCAUCCCCCCCCCCCAAACACAAGUGCACACAUAAGAUACAAAUACAUACAU